AUGCAUGCUUGCUAUAUGUUGCUUGCUGUAUUGGGAACGGUUUGUGCAGUGAUAUUCAGGGACAGUAGAAGUAAAAGAUUUCUAGCAAAAUCCGAUAGGGGACUGUUUAUGACGCCAUAUCCUGAGGAGGCACUAGAUAUAAGUCUGCAGGAGACCGAGCUUGACACAGUCUCUGUGGUCCUGAGCCUUGGAACAACAGCUCUUAAAGUUAACAAACGUUCAAAGAAUAUUGACUUUGGAAAGGUUAAUAGAAGGGAUCGUGAUCAGUUCUUCAAACUUGAUUUAACUCCAGGCGGCUCCUUUAUCUUUCAGCACAAAGAUUUAUGUCUGGGAAAUAUGCCUGGGAUAAGAUUAGAAUCUAAUGCAACGCUAGGCCUGAUAGACUGCCAAGACAGACAGAAUUUAGUAUCGUUCUUCAAGUCCGAUAGGAUUGAUGGCCAGGUAAGAAAGAAAAUAGUGGCAUAUUAUGAUCCAAAUCCUAGUUCUGAUGUACCGGCAUACAUCAAUGAGCCAAAGAUUGAUGUGGAAAAGGCUGAGGACGGAGUUGUAAGACCAGAAGAAACGGGGUUUUUGAGGGGACUGUAUAACCGAGUAACUCAUCCCUAUUAA